AUGGGGGAGCGACAUCCGGAUGUGGCCGCCUCUUACUACAACAUGGCCACUACGCACUCUGCAAUGGGCAAUCACAAAGAGGCUCUCCGUCUGCACGCGCUGAGUCUUGACAUCAGACUAGAGACGAUGGGGGAGCGACAUCCGGAUGUGGCCGCCUCUUACUACAACAUGGCCACUACGCACUCUGCAAUGGGCAAUCACAAAGAGGCUCUCCGUCUGUACACGCUGAGUCUUGACAUCAGACUAGAGACGCUGGGGCAGCGGCAUCCGAAUGUUGCCGCCUAUUACAACAACCUGGCAAACCCGCACAGAGAAUUGGGCAAUCACAAAGAGGCUCUCCGUCUGUACACGCUGAGUUUUAACAUCAGACUAGAGACACUGGGGGAGCGGCAUCCGGAUGUGGCCGCCUCUUACAACAACAUGGCAAACACGCACCAUGAAAUGGGCAAUUACAAAGAGGCUCUCAGUCUGCAUACGCUGAGUCUUGACAUUAAACUAGAGACACUGGGGCAGCGGCAUCCGGAUGUGGCCGCCUCUUACAACAACAUGGCCAACACGCACAAUGAUAUGGGCAAUCACAAAGAAGCUCUCCGUCUGUACAAGCUGAGUCUUGACAUCAGACUAGAGACGCUGGGGGAGCGGCAUCCGGAUGUGGCCGCCUCUUACAACAACAUGGGCAGCACGCACAAUGAUAUGGGCAAUCACAAAGAGGCUCUCCGUCUGUACACGCUGAGUCUUGACAUCAGACUAGAGACGCUGGGGGAGCGGCAUCCGGAUGUGGCCGCCUCUUACAACAACAUGGGCAGCACGCACAAUGAUAUGGGCAAUCACAAAGAGGCUCUCCGUCUCUAA